GCAAAAUUGAUUUUUCUGAGUUAAACAAGACUUAUUUAAAGUACACAAACUUGAAGUUUGAGUGUAAGCUCAAUGGAAAAGAGGAACUUUGGGAAAAAUUACAACAUUUGUGGAAGUCUAUUCUGAAUCUCUCAGAAGAUUCUUCAAAGAUUCCCGAUGACUCACUCUUCUUAAAUAGUGGUGGAGAUUCCUUAAAGUCUGUACGGCUCCUCAGUGAGAUUGAAAAGCUUGUUGGCACAUCAGUACCUGGGCUUCUGGAAAAUAUUCUUAGCAGUUCCAUUUUAGAGAUUUAUAAUCACAUCCUUCAGACAGUGUUUCCAGAUGAAGAUCUGAUAACAUUUAGCAAGAAUUAUGUCACGAAAAGAAAAUUCAACGAUGUUAGUCAAGAGGAAACCAGUGGAAAAUCUUUACAUCAGAAAUCUGUCAUGCCUUCAAAUUUAGACACCGAGAUAAAUGCUUUUAUUGCACUGAGCAGAGGGAGUCAGAUUUUGGCUCUGAAUACUACUGUGUUUUUAACUAGGUUUGGACAUUUCCCUUCAGCCUGUUCUUCUGAUUUAAUUUCACAGACUGAUAUUCAAAAUGUGAAAAGCUUAAAUCCUUCAGCUCUUAUUGGGAAGUCAAAAGAUUUGACCUGCGUUGCAAAAGUUUAUGAAGAUGGAACACCUGUGAUAGGGGCUGAGAAAAUGGAGUUACAUGUGAGGUGGAGGUCAGACACAGGCAAAUGUGUAGAUGCUUCGCCUCUGGUUGUAAUACCAGCUAUUGAUAAGUCAUCUGCAACUGUGUACAUUGGCUCCCAUUCUCAUAAAAUGAUGGCACUUGACCUUUACUCUGGGAAGGUGAACUGGGAACAGAUUUUGGGAGAUCGAAUUGAAUCCUCAGCAUGUGUAUCUAAGUGUGGAAACUUUAUUGUAGUGGGUAAGUUUUUGAAUUAGAAGUUUAUAGAGUUAAAUUUAAUUACUAUAUGAUAAUAUACCAUAUGGUAAUGGUAGUAGGACUAAGUUAAAUUAAAAAAAAAAACUGUAUAUGGUGGCAGAUUUGGUUGCAGUCAAAGAAUAGUUAACUAUCUGCUAAUUGUCACAGUGUGGGCCUUAGGUCAGAGUCCUUGGGUCUGAACCUACCUCUAAAGCUGUUAUCAGCUCUCUAAUCUAUGACACAUUGCUCAACCUCUUAGAAUUUCAGUUUUCUCAUGAGUAUAUGGGCAUAAUAAAUAAAACAUGCUGCUGCAUCUCAAAUUAUCCCCAAACUAAUCAUUUAGAGUAACAAACUUUUAUUAUCUCACAGUUUCCGUGGGUCAGGAAUUUAGGAGCAACUUAAUUGGAAAUUUUGGCUCAGGGUUUCUCAUAUGGCCGCAGCCAUCUGAAGGCUUGACUUGGGCUGAAAAAUCUGCUUCCAAAAUGGCUACUCACAUUGCUGCUAGCAGGAGGCUUCCAUUCUUUGCUGGUUCUUGGCAGGAAGCUCAAUUUCUUGCCACAUGGGCCUUUCCAUAGGCUGCUUGAAUGCCCUCACAGCAUGGUAGCUAACUUUCUUCAGAGUGGAUGAUCAGAGAGAGUGAAAAAGAGAGAGAGGAAGAGAGGAGGAGGGGAGAGAAGGAGGGAGGAGAGAGGGAGAAUUGGAGAAGGGAUUCAGUACUUUUUUGACUUAGUCUCCAAAGUUGCAUACCAUAAUUUUUACUUUUGUUCAUUAGAAGCACGUUAAGUCUGGCCCAUACUCAGGGCAUGGAGAGGGAGAACUAGGCUCUUGAAAGGAAGAGUAUCAAAUAAUUUGAAGACGUAUUUGAAAACCACCACAAUCAUCAUGGAGCUUUUGAAAUGAUUUAAUGAAAGAUACAACAUAAAUCUUUUAGUAUAUUGCUAGGCACAGACAAGUGCUCUUUAGUGUUAGCUACUACCUGCUACUCAGUUUCAUUAAAUUAUAGGUGACUUCUACUUUACUAGGAAUGUGGGGGUCCAACUGUAAUGCCUCCCUUUUUUACUCCCCCAACUACAUUAGGUUUUACUAUAUAUGGUCAUAGAAUCUGUUCAUCAAAGCUUUUCAGACAGCGCUUAGGAAUAUAUCUCCCUACUAAUGCUGUCCUAGCUGGGAUCUACUUGAAUCUCUGUUUGAUCCUUCUCUUUUGAACACCUACAUUUUGCAAAUUAUACUACAGGAAACUUUCAGUUAUAUACCUCAUCCACGAUAUUUGCCAUCUAUAUCUUUUAUGAA